AUGACCAAGCUCCGGUUCACGGCGUCAGGUUACUUGACGACAUGGUCAUGGGAUGGGAGCCAAGUAGCCCCAAGAGAAAAAGUUUGUCCCGAAAACAAACAUCAAGCGCUAAAACCCUUAUGGAGAGAGCUCCAAGAGAAAGACGGUAAACUAGUGCACGCCUGUGCAGAUACCUCGGCCAUCUGUUCUUCAUUGACUCCCGCAUUGCAAAUAUUUGCAAUCGAGCGCAUGUGUUUCAUGCCAUAUUGGGAUAGGGACCCACAAUGUGUCUCGAAUGCAAUUCCAGUUAUCAACGAGAGGCUCUCCAGCGGGUCGAACUUCUUUCAGAACAAGAGGACCUUUCUUGAUUCCAAAAAGAAGCUUUCCAAUAAGUUUGAUACUGUUGUCAAUAUGUGUUCGGUGAGCCAUGGCCUCAACAAGCUGCUUUUGGGCCUCGAGUUUCCUAGCAGAGCCUUCAGGAGCCUUACGAAACUGCCAUAG